AUGCUUGAGGACAACACUGAACUUGGUUAUAAGGUAAGGUAUAAAAUUAAGAAAGUUUAUUAGCAGAAGCUCCAGGAAAGACAGAGUAGAAAGAAUGAAGAAGAUAUAAGGUAAGAUAGGGUAGAAUAAAGGCUCCGUAAUGGUAAUAUGAAUACAGUACGGCUAAGUAAAAGAAAGCUAGUUGUAAAGUAAAGGCUAGGGCUAGAGCAAAUCGUAGAUUUAUGUAAAAGUAGAAAAGCAAAGCCAAAUCAAGAAAAGGCAAGGCAAUAUAAGAAAGCAUAGAGCAGAGUGGAUAACAAAAGAACAGGGUGAGGUUGAUUUGAGUAUUGCAGGAUAAGGCGGGGUAGCGCAGGCUAAGAUACGGUAGGACAAACAACGGCAGGACACAGUAGUUUAGAAAAUGCAGGAUAAGGCGGGCUAGUCAGGGCAGGGCAAGUCAAAGCAAGGCAAGGCAAGGCAGGCUAAUCCAUGGAAAAUAAGGUGAAGUAAAGCAAGCACUUCAACUAAAUUUUAAUAAUAAAAACCUUCAGGGAACCUUUACCUGGUCAACAAUGGAACAAAGUUUCUUAGUAUCAGCGUUGUUCUACACGACUUUAGUGACAAUUCCAGUCAGUGGCACAUUAGCUGACAAGUUCAACGCUAAAUAUAUUAUUGUAGGAUCAAUCAUAAUCUACACUAUCUUAACAAUAGCGGCUCCAACUUUAGCUGGACUGAAUUACUACGCCUUUUUGGGUGGUCGACUUGGCAUGGGCUUUGUUGAUGUAAGUGUUGCCCUAUUUGAGAUUUUUAAACCGCUUUUCUCUUUUUUACUAUUAAGAAACUUUUCAUCGUAUAAAAUGUCACGCGCAGCCUGCAAAGCCUUCAAAAGUCGUUUUAAAGCGAAAAACGUCAAAAUUAAACCAAAUAUAAUAAAUUAAAUUAAAUCGUAAUAUUCAUCUUUCAGAAAAUUGCCAUUUUAAAUAAAAUCUCGUCUUUCAGGGCAUGAUAUUCCCAUCGAUAACAUCAAUAGUCGCCAAAUGGUUCCCACCAUCAGAAAGAAGCACAGCAGCUGCUGUAUACACUGUAGGAGCUCAAAUUGCUGUAGUACUAAAUUCUUUAGUAGCUCCAGAGUUAUGUCUAAUUGACCUGUGGAAUGGCUGGCCAUUGAUAUUUUAUGGAGGAGGUAAGGGAUGUUAUUUAGGUAUAAUUUAUGCACCCAACUCUACAGAUACCCCUACAUUUAUCAUUACACCCAAAUUUUUCAAACUUUUUUAAAACUUUUUUGAAAUUUUAAAAAAUUAAAAUGCAUUUUAAGGUUUGGUUUCGAUAAUAGCGACAAUUUUGAUUAUUGUCUUCUUGGCCAAUUCUCCAAGUGAAUGUACCUGGAUUGGAGAGAAAGAAAGAAGGUAUCUCAACCAAAAGUUGAAUGUCGAAACUUCAAUUGGCAAAAUGGUAAUUUUUAAAUAAAAAAAAUAACAACAUUUUUAAAACUAAAAAUAUAUUUUUUUAAUUUAAGAAGCUUUAAAACCCUACCUUACCGUAUUCUACCCUGUCUUAGACGCAGAGUAAGGUUCUUAGUAAAAAAAGCACAAAAACGUCACGCCACAUGCCUUGUAUAGAGUAGGCUCUAGCAGGACACAGGGAAAUACAUGGAAAAUUCCCCAGGCUCUGUCCUUCGUUCAAUUCUUAUUCUACUCCACCCUAACCUACACUAGAGCGACUUACCCUGCUCUAACUCAGCCUAGUCUACCCUGCUCUAAUUUACCCUAUCCUACCUACCUUACCAUAAUGUAGUCUAAUCUAUCCAACUCCUUCUGUUUACCAAUUUUUCUGAGUUACAGGUAAAGAAGCCCAGAAUUCCAUAUUACAAAAUUCUGACGUCAGCUGUAGUUUGGGCCAUAGCUUUAAAUGACAUGUCAUACAGCUUUUCAUAUGUUAUGUUUUCACAGUUUUUACCUUCAUACCUUCGAGAUGUUCUACACAUAAAUUUGGCACAGGUAAGCAUUCUUUUAAAUUUUAAUUAUGAAACUAAAAAAAUAUUUUAAUAUAUUUUUAAACUAUAUAAUAACUUUUUAUAUUAUAAAUAUGUAUUCUUUUCGUAUUUUACACUUUUUUAAAUCUUAAAUAUUUUGAAAAUUUAGAAUAUUUUAAAAAUUUCAGAAUGGUAUACUAACAGCUCUACCAUUUAUAGUAAUAGUAUGUGUUAAAAUACCAAUGGCUUCUUUCGCUGAUUAUUUGAAGCAUCGUGGUAUCUUGACUGUUACUCAAAGUUGUAAAAUCAUGCAAGCUUACGGUAGGUUCUUAAAAAGUUAUUUACAUUAGCAAAAUAGUAUACCAACUCCUACCAUACCCUAACCUACUCUACCCUACAUUACUCUACCAUACCCGAUCUUACUCUACCCUACCCCAUCCUACCCUAAACCACCCUACCCUGCUCAACCCUAUCUUACCCUACCCUAUCCUAACCUUACGUACUCUAUUAGUGCUCUAUAGCAUCAAAUAUAACCUACAGUAAUAUUUUUACUUUACUACCCUAUAAAUUAAAAACUUUAAUUUUCAGCCGCAAUAGGUACAGCAGGCACCUUCCUAUGUCUAGCCCUAUUUGUUGACUGUACCAGAGUAACACUAGCCAUAGUAUUAUUCAUAUCAUUUGGACUAUUCUUCUCCGGUCAAGUAGCUGGAGCUUAUACUGCCAUUUUAUUUGUGGCCCCGCCUUUUGUAGGGACUAUUAGUUCUGUAGCCACUUUUGUAGGCAUGAUAGCCUCUAUUAUGGCGCCUAGUGUGUUUUCUUGGCUCAAUGUUAAUGUAAGUUUAAAGCUCUUCAUAGUUUAGGUCUUGUAAAGAAUGUUCUUGCCAUUUCUUGUUUUGUGAAGAAAGUUCUUGCCAUUUUGGGUUCUGUAAACAAAGUUCUUACCAUUUCUUGUUUUUUAAAAAAAAGUUCUUGCCAUCUUACUCUUUGUAAAAAAAAAUUUUGCCAUUUUUUGUUUUGUAAAGAAUGUUUUUGCCCAUUAUUUUAAAAGUUCAAAGUUUUAGAACACAGAAGAAGAAUACCGCAAUGUAUUCUUGUUUACAGCGGCCGUAAAUCUGAUAUGUGGUAGUUCGUUUGUCAUCUUUGGGUCAGGUAAGUCUCGACUCUAUUUAAAAAUUAGAAAACAUUUUAAUUUUUUGAUUUUUUAAAUUAAUGUCAUUUUUCAGCCGAAGUCCAGCCAUGGGCCAAAGUGCAAAAAAUAGAAGUAGAGCCUCAUCAAUUAGAAAACGAACAUCUAGAAAAGUAUUAA